CCGGAACGGCCCGGGACAGGGGGCGGCGGGCCCCGCGCUUCCCGGGAGGCCGGCUUUUCCAGAGGGGACCGGGGGCCCCCUCUUCACCAGCACUUCCUAAAUGUACAUCUCACAGGGCAGCCCAAAGAGCAGAAAGGGGACCUGGCCAGAGGCAAAAGGCCAAAAUCAGGAGCUUCUCCUCUGCAAAGACCCAAGAAUGGAACAGCCUCUGCCCAGAAAAUCCCCUUUCUGGGGUCCUGUGAAGGUAGGAACCUCUCUGCUCUAGCUCUGCAUCCUGGAGAUGGCCUCACCCAAGGUUGCAGUGGUGGGUGCGGGAGUCAUCGGCCUGUCCACAGCACUGUGCAUCACAGAGACUUGUCCCAGCUGCUCUGUGACAGUCCUUUCGGACCAGUUCAGCCCCAACACAACGAGUGAUGUGGCAGCUGGGAUGCUCAUCCCUCACACCUACCCAGACACACCGAUCCACAGGCAGAAGCAGUGGUUCAAAGAGACCUUCACUUACCUUUUUGCCAUCAGCAACUCAGCCGAGGCAUCAGAGGCUGGCAUUCACCUGGUUUCUGGUUGGCAGGUCUUUAAAAGCACUCCCAAAGAAGAGCUACCUUUCUGGUCAGAUAUUGUGCUGGGAUUUCGAGCAAUGUCUGAAGCAGAACUCCUAAAGUUCCCACAGCACCAAUUUGGUCAGGCCUUUACAACCCUCAAAUGUGACUGCCCACCCUACCUGCUGUGGCUGGAGAAAAGGUUGAAGGCAACUGGCACCCAGAUGUACACCAGGAAAGUGGCAGACUUGUGGGAACUGCACAGUGAAUAUGACAUCGUCGUCAACUGCGCAGGCAUUGGAGCUCACCAGCUGGUGGGGGACAAGCAGCUCUUCCCUGUCAGGGGACAAGUACUCAAGGUUCAUGCUCCUUGGGUGAAACACUUCAUCCGGGAUGGAGAUGGCUUAACUUACAUCUACCCAGGGAUACACAGGGUGACCCUAGGGGGAACCAGGGAAGAGGGGAGCUGGAGUCUCUCCCCUGAUGAUGGCACUACUAGAGACAUCUUUGAUAGAUGCUGCUCCCUUGAGCCCUCACUGCAUGGAGCUCAGGAUAUCCAGGUGAAGGUGGGCCUGAGGCCGUCCAGGCAGUGUGUGAGAGUGCAAAGAGAGGUUUUGAGCCAAGGAGGAGUUAAGCUCCCAGUGGUCCACAACUACGGUCAUGGGGCAGGUGGCUUUUCAGUGCACAGGGGCACAGCCAACGAGGCUGCUCACCUGGUGGAAGAGUGCAUUUCUGCUCUGCAAGGCUCCUCAUUGAGGGCCAAGCUUUGAAUCCCAGAUGCUCCUUUUCUGUUUACAGCUAGUGCUGCAUCUCCUAGCAGCAGCUUGAUCUUUUAGUCCAUUACCGUAUAGAAGGGAACUAAGUCAACAGCUUGUUCCAGUGCAGAUACUCAGUGGUAUCUUCUAUCACCUUGGAAAGGCAUAAUGUGUUGUUCCAAGUAUUAGUCCAGCUGAUCGUCUCCUCCAUCUGCCCUGGCAUUUGUCCUAGCCUCAUGUGAAGAAGACAAGAUACAUAAAUACUCUUCACAUAACAGGGUUCAAAUUGCUGCAGUGUAGUACAAAUAACAUCAAUUCAGCAUUUCUGCAUCUGCAUCUAAAGGGUGUCAGAUGCAGUAGGCUCAGAUUCAGUAAAAAUAAGUUGUCUCCUCUUGUACCAAAUCUAAUCUAGAAUUGCCCUUGUUUAUCAUUGUCUAUAUGAUUUAGAAGGAAAAGAAAACUCCAUGUAGUGCCUCAUUACAAUGCUUCAGGUCAGCUCUUACAGAAAGCAGUGUUAGGUCACUGUCACACACAGUGACCAGGCAAGUGUGAUUUUAAGAGCAGGUCUAUGAUACCCAUCACUGCAUUUGCUCAUAUUGCACCUCAGGGAACUUACAGUUUCUGCUAAUAUUGCCCCACAUGAGCUACAGUUUUGUGCAUAUUUUCUCACACUAGUUUGCAAAUCUGUUUUCUUCCUUCAAGGCACUCAGAUUUUGCUCUCAGACACCAGUGAUUUCCCCCCAUCUCCUCCCCUCUUCCCCCACACAGCAACAUUGAUAUGGCCUUUGUUUUGUUGAAGAGGAUUUUUCGGAGUGGGCUUGGGAAUGCAACAUAUCUUUUCUACUUCAUAACAACACUGGCUGUUUUCCUUGCAACAGCUGAUAUGAAUAAAUUGGAGACAAACCUACAAGGAUUUUUACACCAGCAUCAGUUUCAUAGAAGAGCCAUUUAAGACAAGAUACACACUUUAAAGAAAAAUUUGUCUGUAACUGGACAUGAGCAAGCUCUUCUGCUGUAAAAAGGCUGAGUCACCAGAGCGCGGAUCUUUUCACUCCGUGGCAGAGGCUCUGUUGGGCUUUACACCCCCCUCAGCAAUUCAAGCCCUUUGAUGUGUCUGAAGAUAAUCACUCCCCAGAAUGGCAUCUUACCAUCAAAGUACAGGUCUGACUCUUAGUGAUUAAAUGCCUCAUUAAAUCUUAAAUGGCUCACUUGAGAGUGUUAUCAUCCAUUUUUGUCUAGCUUUUUUUCCCAUAGAAUUACAAAACUAUUCAAAAUCCUUCAAUAAUUUCAGUGAUUAAAAUUAACUGAUAAAUAAAUUUCUAAUAGUGGAGCAAAGGUCACUUCUGUAGUGUUUCCUUUCAUAAGCAAGGGAUUUUCUUUCAUUUGGGAUGGCAAGAAAGGCCACAUUCAGCCAUGGCUGCCAACUCUUGCUGUUCUCAGGGGGGAUGAGGACAGUUAUCAUUUGCAAGGGACAGCUGUCAGAGGAAACCAAAUUAAAUUAUAGGUCAAUAAGUGCCUGGGACCAGCCUAAGCCAGCCCUGCCUUCAGCAGCCUCAUCCUCUUUUUCUCAGUUCUGAAGGCUAAUUUUGCAUUCCCCCCUCCAUCCCCCCCAUUUGUCCUUUCCAGUGGUAUGAGAGGACAGAGCUGCAGCUUUUGGCAGCAGUGUUGGCAUAGGGCUUGUCAAACUGCAGCUUUGUCCUCAGCUAACACAAAACAUAAAAAUACAUGGAAAAAGAACUUAAGAAUGGAUUCUUUUUUCUUAAUCUUUAUUUUAAGCUUAAAAAUAGCAAACUGUGUAACUUACCCUGGAGCAAGAAACACUACUACUAAUAAUAGGGUGAUCGUAGCUCCAUAAAAAAAGCAAAGCUAUGCUUGUGCACUUCUCUGCAGGGCGAUGGUGUUCUUCUAAAAUUGUCUGGUUGAUACAGUGUCAGAAUAGGUUUGGCUGCAAAGUUUAUCUGUCUGGUGUCCUAGCUCUGCUCAUGGCCAGCAGAGGAGACAGCCACUUCUAGCCUAGGAUCUUCCUCAUCUGAGGGGUGGCUUAGUGUUUCAGAUGAUUUAUCUUCCACACAGUUGUUGACUUGCUUCUAAAACCAUUCUAAACCAAACAUCCUGUGAAAACAGGUUCUAAAAAGGCAGAAACUUCUUUGUCUAGGAGCAGAACUUGUUGCCUUCAACUUUGUCUUGAACCUGAAAACAUCAUCUGAUGCCAUUUUCUUGCAUGUUAGGAGAGGUAGUGACUCCACAGGCCAUUUGAGUUUAGAAAGCUCCAACAUAUUCUCUCUCAGAGUCUUCUUCCCCCACCUGGGAGUAUCUUGGUUUACAUAAUACAUAACUUCCUCACUUUCACAAGCCCUGGUCCUCAUGGGGACAUACCUAUUGGAGAAGACAGCGCAGUAAAGCAUAAGCAAUCCAAGAGGUUCCUUCUCCAAGUGACAGAGCAGCCAAGAAGGCAAGGUGCUAUGCUGGACCCUGUUCUUGCCAACAAGGAGGGGCUGGUGUCCCAAGUGAAGUUAUUUCUCAGGGGUCAGCUUUCUUAAACAGCUGGUGCUGUUUAAAAUCUUUGUCAGUGACACAGACAUUGAGAUCAAGGGCACCCUCAGCAAGUUUGCCAAUGACACCAAGCUGUGUGGUGGACACACUGGAGGGAAGGGAUGUCAUCCAGAGGGACCCUGGCAGGUUUGACAGGUGGGACUUCGCAAACCUUGUCAUGUUCAACAAGGCCAAGUGCAAGGUCCUGUUUCUGGGGUGGGGCAAUCCCAAACACAAAUACAGGCUGGGUGGAAAAUGGACUGAGCAGCCCUGAGGAGAAGAACCUGGGGGUGUUGGUUGAGGAGAAGCUCAACGUGACCCAGCAAUGUAUGUGCUCAGAGCCCAGAGAGCCAACUGUAUCCUUGUCUACAUUGCAAAGAGUGACCAGCAGGUGGAGGAAGGUGAUUCUGCUCCUCUGCUCUGCUCUUGUGAGACCCUACCUGGAGUGCUGCAGCCAGCUCUGGGGCCCACAACAUAAGAAGAAAAUGCACCUGGUGGAGAGAGUCCAGAGGAGAUAAUGAUCAGAGGGCUGGAGAACCUCCCCUAUGUACACAGGCUGAAAGAGCUGGGGUUUUUCAGCCUGGAGAGGAGACAGCUCUGGGGAGACCUUACAGCACCUUCCAGUACCUAGAGGGGGCUUACAAGAGUUGGAGAGACUUUUUGCAAGGGCAUGUAGUCAGGACAAGGAGGAAUGGCUUUUAAAUGAAAGCGGGUGGAUUUGGAUUAGAAAGAAGUUCUUCACUUUGAGGAUGGUGAGGCCCUGGCACAGGUUGUCUAGAGAUGUGGGUGCCUUAUACCUGGAACUAUUCAAGGCCAGGUUAAAUGGGGCUUUAAGCAGCCUGAUCUAAUAGAAGGUGUGCCUGCCCAUGCCAGGGGGUGUAACUAGAUGAUCUUUAAUAUCCCUUCUAACAGAAACCAUUCCAUAACUCUCUUCCCUUUAUAAUGUAUACAAAUGCUUUAUAGUCAUUAAUAAGCAUUUAAGUGUCAAUGAGAUAUCUGUUCUGAGUAGUACUAGCACUUUCAGAGGCCAUGGUAGAGUCAGUCUUCCUCCCAGCUCAGCCAGGUGUUUUUCUCUGCUUCAUCAUGAGAUGGGUUUUGCCACUCCUUGAGGCAGUUUGCGUUUUACUGCCUUGAACAGACUGGUACCACCAGCAGAUCGGUCAUUUGCCUGUCUGAUGGGUCUGUGGAUGAACACUGGCCCUACCACAAUCCCUCUAAGAUGCAAUUGGUGGCUUCUCUCCACUGUGAAGAAUGGAUGAUUUAUCCUUACCUUGUCUCUCUAUCCUGUAUGCAGUUGCUGACUCAUGAGAGGAUCUUCCCACUUAUCCCAUGCCAGAUUAGCUUCUUAAUGGGUCCUUGGUGACAGAUGUUGUUAAAGGCUUUCCAGAAGCUGAGCAGAUCACAGUGAGCGGAUUGCUCUCAUCUGCAGCUUCACAGUUUCCUCUGAAGCUGUCAGAGGGUGGUGGUGCACAGCUUCAUAGGUUCUCACUGCAAAGCUCUGCCAAUUCUCCCCUCUUAGUCUCUGUCUCUCCUUGCAACUAUUCUGUUACUAUGGCUUUUGCUGUUUGCUUGCCACUGGUGUCAGAUUUAAUGGUUUGCAUUUCUCUAGAUCCCUUACAGUGCUUAAAAGAAAACAGUAUCACUUGCCAUCCUCUUUUUUCUUCAGCUGUUUUAAGUAAAGGCUUAUAAACAGGCUCUUACAGUGCAACAAUUUCCAUCAGCAUUCCUUAAAAACUCACAAGCGAGUAACAUCUGCUUUUCAUGAAUUUGUUACUAUUCCUUGCAUUUAUUCGUUCUAAAGUCUCAUCUAAUGACCCUUCAAUCUGAGGCAGCUUCCCUGCAUUAUCCCUUUAACAAAUGGUUCUGCCAUGGGAAUUUCACUAAGCUUUUCUGCGCUGAAUGCAGACACAUGUAAUCUGUUUAGCUGUUGUGUUAGGAUGUGUUUUCUCUCAAACUCCUUUGCCGCCCUGAUCACUUGAUGACUAGACACCCUGGACACCUCCAGAGCCCUCCAGCAGGCUCCCUCCUCCUGCUAGGAGAGAGGAGGCUUUUUGUCUAGUAACUAGUUUCCUCAAAAUAUUUUUUUAGUCUUCCUUUCCAUUUCUGCUUUUAAUUUGACACAGUUCAUGUCCUUUUCCUAAUGUGGAGGGGAUGUAUUUUGGUUCUUUCCCAUGUAAUUUUUAUCAUGCUAUUACAAUGACCCGGUAAUUAUCUUCCUUCUGAAAUAUGUCUGAUAUUUCAGACUUGUGGUUAUAAAGAUGUCAAAAUGGCACCUUUAAACAAAUGUCAUCAUGAUUCUCUGCUCCUCCCCAGUUUCUAGCUUGAAAUUCUUUUUUAAAUCUUACUCCUUCUCACAGAGGUUUUCUCCCUGAUUAAAGUCAUGCCACAAAAAGAUCGAGCAUUCUAUUCAGAAAUGUCAUCUUUUUGUUCCAAAAGCUUUCAAUUUGCCAAGAAGAUGCCCUAAGAUUUGGGGAAUAAUUGAACAUCCUUCCAUUAUGCUUCCCUAGGCAUGUAAAAUUUAAAUAAUCUUAUAUCUUAGAUACAUAGUGAUACUGCCCUGUGCCAGCUGUACACCUCCCCACAAAGGGGAGUCACGCUUUCAGUGCCUUCAGGCCAGCUCACUGACACUGACUGCUUUCAGGCAGUUGAAGUUUGUUGAGAUGAGUCCUGUCUUGAUCCAGCUGCCCAGCCCCAGGUGUCAGCCUCUGGCAAUAUCUCAUCAGCCAUCCCUGAGUUUCUGCUCCUCACCCAAGACUCAUGCCAGGAGCUGAAGCAAAGCUGUGGCCUCUGUUACCUCUCCAGCUCCAGCUGAAGCUGAGCUGGCAGCUGAGGAAUUUUCAAAAGUCCAUUUUGAUCUUAAAUCUCUCUGUGCUGCCUCAUCAGCUCCGCAGUUUUCAUCUGAAAUCACAGAACAAGUGUCAGAGAAAUACUCACACAUGGGAGAGGAUUAACAGUGGAAGGUUCAUUAAAUCUCCCUGACCUCCCCAUGCUGAUGAAAGGUGUCUUGAAAGAAAGACUUAGCUGUCACCUGGGCAAAGCAUUUUAUCCCUCUGCUGUUCCUUAAGCCCAUGCAUGUCUGGACAUAAGUUAUCCAAACUGUGCUUGAGUAUUUCCUCCUUAUCCACACUUUCUGAUCUACAUUGAAGAGGCACCCCUGGCAGAUGGCAACCAAUCUGUCAUACUCACAUGGAACUUCAAAGGUGUAAUUGUGGUAUAGAAAGAGAAUGAUUAUAUUUUGAGACAUUUUUAUCAAUCCUUGUGAUUCCAGAGAGCAGAUGGGAUGUGUGAUGGAUUUUAGAGCUUGAGCACAAAAUAAUAGUUUUCUGCAAUGGGGAAUUUUGUUGAUUUUCUUCACAGAAACAAUGCCAUAAAGUCAUAUUGUCUUGAUGUAGGCUUUUGCCUCUGUUUAAAACAAAUUUCUGGAAAAUGCAGGAAAUUUUUCAUUCACCAUUCAUUACCAUUCUCUUCAAGUCAAGGACUAUUUGAGAUAAAUUGCAAAUUCAUUAGGAAUAAAUGUAGCAAUUAGAGAUAACAUCAAGGCCUGGACCGAGAUUUUUAUUGUUUUCACAGCAAUCAAGUGACUAUUGUUACGUUGUCCGCUGCUCUGUUCCCUGCUUUCCACCAGAGGGAGAUAUUGGAUCAAGCAGUUGCUGAAAAAACCCGCACACUCCAUCUCAAAGAGCAAAGGGAGUGAUGCUUAAUUCAGUGGAAAUCUGUGUGCUGUCGGGCUCCCACACACCUGCAAGGCUUGGGGGACUAAAAUAAUAAUCCUAGAUAAAGCUACUGCUAUAGCAGCGUGUCCCAGAGUUUUUCCCAUACCAAAAGGCUGGAGAGGAAAGCAUUGUAGUUCCUCAUGUUGUGGGUUCUUGGGGUCCCCCAGCCCCUCAAGUUGUGUUUGGGCUGGACAUUUUGUGGGGUCCAUUGUGUCCAAUGACUCCUGACCAGGCUCCUGGUGAGCCCAGACUCCAUUCUGGGUGCUCAGGUAUCAGAAAUUACUGCUGCUUCAAGAUCUGAAGUGGACUGGUUUCUUUCUGGGAAUUUUUCCCUCAUGUCUGUUUUUCUCAAUGAAGAAGUAAAAAUUACGUAUUUUGGAGAAGGAGGAGCAGACACGAGUAAAAACCCAGGCUUAUUAAGAAAGGGAGGUGCUGGGGAGAAAAGAAAGGGGAAAGAAACUUUUCUGAAAGUGAACAAUAUCGU